AAUAUAUGAACGCGAAAAUUAACUCUUUGAGAAAAUUCAAUGUUGAAAAAUUAACUAAGGAAGCUGAAAUAUAUAUUGACGAUAUUACCAAGAUGAAGGAAAUAGAUGAUAACAAACUUGUCA